AUGAACAAAUACUAUUGGGAAUUUCAAGAAAAAUACGACUCUUUACUAAAUGGAACAUACUAUCUGAAACUAGAAUAUGACAAGAUGAACUCCACCGUUUCAUUUCAAAAGAUUGAAAUUAACCCUCCAAGAGAUACAGAGUUUUUAUUUUGGAAAGUAGACAAACGUUCUUGGGCACAAUUUCUUCGGUUACUAAACCAGAACGAACCAUUACCACCAGAUGGUCCAUUUAAAUUUAUACUUCCACCAGCAGAUUUGACAGUUUAUAGAAACGUGUUUGACCCUCAAAAUGUUAUGUGUCAUGCAAGUUUCAGUUCAAGCAACAAUAGUUUUCUAUGUAUUGGUAAGGACGUUUAUGACUUUGCUUCUAAAUUCUACGAACCACCUAGUAACAGUUUCUCUGACUUUCAAGUUUGGUUCACAACAAAUGGUGUGCAGCAUAUUAUACCAUUGUACUAUGACUUUUAUCUCGAAUUGUCUUUCAUAUACAACUACGGAAAAGUGCUGAAAAAGUAUUGA